CAUAAGUUCGUAAUACAUAUUUGGUAUAUGGAUUAGUUUGAUCUAAAACUUAUUUUUGUUUUAAUAAAGAAGAAGACAUUGCUAUAUAAAGGUUGAUACUUCUAUUACAGCAAAACUAGAUGAAUAUUCCGUUUUCUUCACCGUUAGAUAGCAUUACAGGAUUGGUGAAGUUUAGACUUUAGACUCUAAAUUCUGAAACUAUAUAAACGACAAAACUACUAUCGUUCGGAUAUUGUACCGCUUACGUAGUGCGUAUAUAUGUAUAGUAAUUAUACGUCUCUAUCUGCUGUUAUCUCUUUUAAUUUAAAAGUGAACAAUGUUGAAAAAAAUCUUAACAAUGCAUACACCAAAUGGUACUCCCCUCGUAACGGCGAGUGCUUUAUCAACAUCUAAGGUUAUAUCUCGAGCGUUAUCACAAAAUAUUGAAACUGUAGGAACAUGGGACUUGUUAAGCGCCGUUUGUUUGGAACGCCACCCAAUAAUUACAAAACCAAUGCAAGAUAUAGAAUUUAGAUUCAAAGAGUUGUUACUACAGGAAGAGUAUGAAAAUAGUUUAUUGUCGGAUUUCGAGAUACAAUCAAAAAAGGAAGGCAAACCGACAAAAAAAGUGUCUACCAAUGAUAAUCCACGUACUUAUCAAACGGCUCAAGAAUAUGAAGAUGCUACUAAACAAGAAUUAGAAAACUUUAAAUUUGCUCCAAGAAUAUCUGAAUUUGAAGAAGACAAUAAGGUUGUAUCGUUAAAGCGUAAACUAGAUAAAAAUCUAAUAUUAUUGGUAGAACAAAGUGUUGGAAAUGCUAAUUUUUGGAUUCCUCCCCAAAGUGUAAGAAAACAAGAGGAAACAAUGAUACAGACUGCGCAUAGAACUGUGCAAGAAUUAUGUGGGAAUGAUAUAAAGGUAAAAUUUUAUGGCAAUGCACCAAUUGGCUUUUUUCAAUAUAAAUAUCCAAAAGAUAUGCAAGAUAAAGGACAGAAUGGAGCAAAAAUUUUCUACUUUUUGGCAAAAUAUAUAAGUGGUGAUAUUUCUUCUAAUGUAAAUUACUGUUGGUUAGAUAGAGAAGAAUUAAAAAAAACUGUCCACCCUAGUGUUCACAACAGUUUAUCUCAGUUUUUGAUACCCGAGUAAAUUACCAUAGCGUGCAAUAGAACUUUAGUUAAAGUAUAUUAUAAAUUGUAUAAUUUCCAUAUAGAAAUAUUAUAUUUAAACAGAUUCGUUUAUGCGUUUAUUUUAAAGUAAUAAAACAUUUAUAAAAUAUAUCCUUUUCUGCU